AUGGAGAUGUUUUUGAUUUGUAAUUAUUCUCUUUCAGUGUCAAAUUGGAGAAUUGUCAUCUUGGGAAAAACUGGAGUAGGGAAAAGCAGCCUUGCUAACACCAUAUUUGGAGAGAAACUGUACACAACCUCCCCCACGCUCACUUCUGAAACAAGAAAGUGUCAAGCAGAAACCAAAUCUGUCAAUGGAAGAAGCAUCACUCUGAUCGACACUCCUGGUUUCUUCGAUACAGAGACAUCCGAGGAGAAGGAGCUGAAGUCUGAGAUAUUGAGGUGUACCGGCUCAGAGUACGCGACUGGGCCUCAUGCAUUUCUCAUUGUGCUUAAAGUGGAGAAAUUCACAGAGCAAGAACAGGCUGUCAUCAUGAAAAUAAGUCAAUACUUUUCUGAAGAAGUCUUCAGAUACGCAACAGUUCUCUUCACUCAUGGUGACCAGCUCGAUGAAGGACAGACGAUUAAGGAUUUGGUGCACCAGAAUCAGCUUGGUGGGGAUCUCGUGGAUAAGUGUGGAGGUCGCUGCCAUAUCAUAGAUAAUAAAUACUGGAACAACAACCAGCAGGAAGAAUACAGGAGCAACCAGUUCCAGUUGACAGAGCUACUCAAGACAAUAGAUAGGAUGAUAAAGAAAAACAAAGGAAGCUGCUACACCAAUAUGAAGCCACAAGCAGAAGAGGAAGAAAUACAAAAUGAGGAAAAGCACAGUACACAAUCACCAGAGACAGAAGUGAGGGAGAAAGCAAAAGGCAGCAAUUUGAACAAGCUUUUGACCAAACUGGCAGGGGGGGGACUAGUGGAGUACUUCAGGAAAGUCGACGGGGGGCGCCUAGUGGAGUAG